UGCGGGUUAAGGGCGCAAGCGGCGCGCGCGGGAACAGCAACCAGGCUCCGCUCUGGCUCUUGUCUUCACACACGGACGCAGGUGGAGCAGGUUUUGUCUCAGAGACAACUCCGGAAGGGAAAAAGGGGGAGAAAAAGCUGUGUCCGUGGACUCUAUACGGCGUGGAUAUUACACAAAGAACGUCCUCGGCUGGUUCUCGAGGUGACACCGCUGCACGACGAGCAGGCCUGGGCAACAGAGGAUUGUGGUAAUGGCAUCUAUCCCCGCUGUGAUGUGUCUUUGAUCAGUGGAACAUUGGCAGACUGUCUCUGGAUGGAACAGUAGAAGAGUUAAUGAAAGUCAUGCGUUCCAAAUGCAAACAAACCGACGACGAAUGAAACCCAAUUCAUUGUUCAUCUAAAUGCGGAUCGUUGCGAACAGAACAUGUGGAAUCGAGUAAUAUUUUGAAUCAGACCCGGAUCUUGGAGGACUUUUCCCUAAAUGUAUCCUUUCAUGGAAAUACUGGAAAUCAGGAUGGAGAAUAAAGUCAAAAGAAACCGUUACUAGGGAGUUUUAGAAUCUGAGGCCAUCUAUUUGUACAGUGCUAUUUUUGAAAAGGCCAAAUACAUUAACACACCACACUGGGAAUACAUUUCUCCUCUGCUGUGGAGAAACAGAACAUUAAAAAAGCAGGAUUUAGGAGCGUGCGUCAACGAUGAUGGCAAGGAAGUGGAGGUGUAGUGGGAGGCGACUGCGGAUCUUGGUGCUGCUGUUACUGCUGGCGGCUUCAUCACUGGCACUGGAGUUUGAUGGCCUGCCAGGCCAGUGGGCACGUUAUGGGCGUUGGGAAGCUGGCGGUACGGGUGAACUGAGCUUUGCGAUGAAGACCAACGUGAGCGAAUCCGUCCUACUUUAUCUGGAUGAUGGUGGCAACUGUGACUUCCUGGAGCUGCUGAUCAGCGACGGUCGCCUGCUGUUGCGUUUUGCCCUGCACUGUGGUGAGCCUGCUACGCUCCACAUGGAGACACCUGUCAGUGAUCAGCGCUGGCACCGAGUGCAGCUGGUGCGCAACUACCGCCACACCACGCUGACGGUGGACAGCGAGGCCAAGGUCGCUGAGGUCAAAUCCAAGCGUAAGGAGAUGGUUGUGGCAAGCGACCUGUUUGUGGGUGGAAUUCCCCCCGAUGUACGCCUUUCGGCGCUUACCUCAAGCACUGUCAAGUACGAGCCUCCGUUCCGGGGCCUGAUUGCCAACCUAAAGCUAGGAGAAUCUGCUCCUGUCCUUCUGGACAGCCAGGGUGUGAAGAUUGAUCUGGAGUACCUUUGCACCAAGCAGAACCCCUGUAGCAAUGGAGGGCACUGUUCUGUCUACCAGAGCGAUGUCCUGUGUGACUGCACCAACACUGGCUACAAGGGAAAGUACUGCACUGAAGCCAUCCAACAAGUGUUAGAAGGUCUGGCGCACCUGAUGUUAAAGAGCCAAGCCCCAGGACCUGCUCCACUGAAGGCCACUGCAGCUGCAGGUGUUACCGAAUCAGGACGAGCCGAGUCGGUGGCUACGUUCAAGGGCAGCGAGUUCUUCAGCUACAACCUGUCACAGACGCCCAUCCAGAGCAGCUCCGACGAUAUCACGCUAGCGUUCCGUACGGUCCAGCGCAACGGCCUGCUGCUACACACAGGAAAGGGGGCUGAUUAUGUCAACCUGUCGCUGAAGAACGGCGCCGUAUGCCUCGUCAUCAAUUUGGGCUCGGGUGCCUUCGAGGCGCUGGUGGAGCCAUCAGAUAGCAAGUUUAAUGACAACGUGUGGCACGCCGUGCGCAUCGCCCGCAACCUGCGCCAGGUUACUAUAUCUGUGGAUGGCUUACUGACGACCACAGGCUACACCCAGGAGGACUACACCAUGCUGGGCUCAGAUGACUUCUUCUAUGUGGGAGGCAGUCCAAACACCGCCGACCUACCCGGCUCUCCGGUCAGCAACAACUUCAUGGGCUGUUUGAAAGACGUGGUCUAUACCAAUAACGAGUUUAGGCUGGAGCUCUCUCGGCUGGCUGAACUGCGAGAUCCCAAAGUGGCCGUACACGGUGAACUGACCUUCCGCUGUGAGGAUGUAGCUGCCCUUGAUCCUAUCAGCUUCGAUACAUCAUCCGCCUACGUCAGCCUUCCUCACUGGAGCAGCAAGAAAACUGGAUCAAUUUCCUUUGACUUCCGCACCACAGAGCCCAGCGGCCUGCUGCUGUUCAGCCACGGGCACAUGCAGGGUUCACGGGAGCACCGACCAAGGGUUGACUUUUUUGCCAUGGAACUUCUUGAUGGUUUUCUGUUCCUACUGAUGGACAUGGGCUCAGGCAGCAUUAAGUUAAAGGCCAGCAAUAAGAAGGUGAAUGACGGCGAGUGGUGUCAUGUGGACUUCCAGCGAGAGGGACGUAAAGGCUCCGUCUCAGUGAACGGCCGCAGCAUGCCCUUCUCCACCAACGAAGGCAGCGAGAUCCUGGACCUGGAUGGUGAGAUGUAUAUUGGCGGUCUCCCCGAGGAAAGCAAAGCUUUACCUCUGCCCCCCGAGGUGUGGACAGCAUCGUUGCGGUUGGGCUUUGUGGGUUGCAUGCGGGACAUGUUUGUGGAUGGCCGGAGCCAGGACUUGCGGCGUCUAACCGAGCUGCAGAGCGCGGCGAGCGUCAGCGUCUCCUGCACACGUGAGACCCACCGGCGCUGCAGCACCGAACCCUGUUCCCACAGCGGCCACUGCCACGAAGGCUGGAACCGUCACAUAUGCGACUGCACCGGCACCGGAUACCUGGGGCCCAACUGUGAAACUGAGGCCACAGUGCUGAGUUACGAUGGCAGCAUGUUCCUGAAGGUGCUCAUGCCUCGUGCCAUGCACACGGAAGCCGAGGACGUCUCACUGCGCUUCAUGUCCCAGAGGGCUUACGGUCUGCUCAUGGCCACCACCUCCUCAGAGUCUGCUGACACCCUGCGCCUGGAGCUGGACGGGGGAAAAGUCAAACUCACCGUCAACUUAGAUUGUAUCGGGAUAGACUGUAACCUUAGUAAAGGACCGGAGACUCUGAACGCAGGGCACAAGCUGAAUGACAAUGAGUGGCACUCUGUGAAGGUGGUGCGCCGGGGCAAGAGCCUACAGCUCUCAGUAGACAAUGUGACUGUGGAAGGCCAGAUGAACGGAGCUCACACGCAGCUGGAGUUCCACCACAUCGAGACUGGAAUCAUGACAGAGCGCCGUUUCAUCUCUGUCAUGCCAUCCAACUUCAUUGGCCACCUACAGGGCCUAUCGUUUAACGGUGUACCCUACCUGGACCAGUGCAAGAAUGGCGACAUAUCGUACUGCGAGCUGAACGCUCGCUUCGGCAUGCGUCGCAUUGUGGCCAAGCCGGUGAGCUUCAGGACCAGAGGCAGCUAUCUGGCUCUGUCCACCCUGCAGGCCUACACAUCCAUGCACCUGUUCUUUCAGUUCAAGACCACCAGCCCUGACGGCCUGCUGAUGUUCAACUCUGGAGAUGGCAGCGACUUCAUUGUGGUGGAGCUGGUCAAAGGGUAUAUUCAUUACGUCUUCGACUUGGGAAACGGGCCGUCGCUCAUGAAGGGCAACUCCGACAAGCCACUCAACGACAAUCAGUGGCACAAUGUGGUGGUGUCUCGAGACGACAGCAAUGUGCACACGCUUAAGAUCGACUCCCGCACCGUCACCCAGCACUCCAACGGAGCCCGCAACCUGGACCUCAAAGGGGAGCUGUACAUUGGCGGUGUGGGGAAGAGCAUGUACAACAGUCUGCCUAAGCUGAUAGCAUCUCGAGACGGUUAUCAAGGCUGCCUGGCCUCUGUGGACCUCAACGGCAGGCUGCCGGACCUCAUCAGCGAUGCCCUACAUAAGGUGGGCCAAGUGGAGAAAGGAUGUGAUGCUGGCCCGGGCACUACCUGCUCGGAGGACUCGUGCUCACAUCAGGGUGUGUGUCUCCAGCAGUGGGAGGGCUUCACCUGCGACUGCACCAUGACCACAUAUGGCGGCCCUCGCUGCAGUGACCCUGGGACCACAUAUAUAUUUGGGAAAGGAGGCGCUCUUAUCACGUACACAUGGGCACCAAAUGAGAGACCAAGCACCAGGGCAGACCGGCUGGCCGUGGGCUUUAGCACUCAGUUGAAAGAUGCCAUCCUGGUGCAGGUGGAGAGCACGCAGGGCCUGGGAGACUUCCUCCAGCUACACAUAGAGCAAGGAAAAAUCUGUGUCAUCUUCAAUGUGGGCACUGAUGACAUCACUAUAGAUGAGCCAGCAGUCGUCGUGAGCGAUGGCAAAUACCACGUAGUGCGCUUCACCCGCAGCGGGGGUAAUGCCACCCUCCAGGUGGACAACCAACCCGUCAUCGAGCGCUACCCAACAGGCAACUUUGAUAAUGAACGGCUGGCUAUAGCCAGGCAAAGAAUCCCAUACAGACUCGGUCGGGUAGUUGACGAGUGGCUACUCGACAAAGGACGGCAAUUGACCAUUUUCAACAGCCAGGCAGCCAUUAAGAUCGGAGGCCAAGAUAAAGGCCGGCCAUUCCAGGGUCAGAUCUCAGGGUUGUACUACAACGGGCUGCAGGUGCUGAAGCUGGCAGCUGAGGGUGACCCCAGUGUUAAAGUGGAAGGCAACCUUCGUUUGGUGGGAGAUGCACCGUCGGUAUUGUCCACAGAGACCACUUCGGCCACGCCUCCUGCCGCUAUGGACAUGUCUACGACCAUCAUGGAGACCACCACCACCAUGGCCACCACUACUACUCGAAGACAGCGCUCACCCAGCCUCAAGGACAGCAUAACGCAGAACUCAGAUGACCUGUUGGUGGCAUCGGCCGAGUGCCCCAGUGAUGACGAGGACCUGGAGGAGUGUGAGCCUGGCACUGGAGGUGAAUUAGUGUUGCCCAUAAUUACCAUGGACACCCAAGACCCCCAGUCUGUGGCCCCGCAUUACCCUGCCAUUCCCCCUCCCCCUACAUCCCUGAGCCCCCUCCAGACCACCAAAGAGUCCCUUGUUCUGUCUGAGCCACGGCCGCCGUGCCCUCCAGACCAGGAGGACUGCGGUGAGCCCAUGGAGGUGUCAGCCUUCGGCUCGGGGGAGAUGACAGAGUCUGAUGAUGAGGAUUUCUAUAAAAACUCCCCAAUGGUCACUGAUAGGACAGUGCUGCCUCCUCCCCCUGGUGUGGGCAAAAGUGGAGGCCAAAAGCCUGGUUCCCAUCGCCCUCAUUCUCCCCCUGUCCCCCCUGCCCCAACAACCCACCCUGACCAACUCCACAUCCCCGCAGGUAAAAUGAACACCCGUGACCAGGUGCUCCUCCCCCCAGCCCCAUCCUCCCGCCUCACUCCGGGACUAACGUACCCGCCCGAUUUCCCUCGUGUGCCCACAGCUAGGCCCUCGGCUUCAGUUGAGAGGGGCCUCCCCGGUGCCGUGGAGGUGAUUCGUGAGUCCAGCAGCACCACAGGAAUGGUGGUGGGUAUCGUUGCAGCUGCCGCCCUCUGCAUCCUGAUCCUCCUCUACGCCAUGUACAAGUACCGUAACCGUGAUGAAGGAUCCUACCAGGUGGAGCAGAGGCGCGGCUCAGGCAGCGACAGCAACGGCGCCGUAGUCAAGGAGAAGACGCCAGGCACAACCGCAUCCAUGUCGAAGACCGUUGCAAAGGGGAAGAAAAACAAAGACAAGGAGUAUUACGUCUGAGGGAAGAGCGAGGGAGAAAGUGAGAGAGAGAAGGACAGUGGGCUGAUGAUUGUAGAGCGUAAAUCACCUCUUCAUUCUCAUCCUCAAACAUUUAAGCCUUCAGUGAAAUUUUCAAAAGUUAUGAUACAGUAAGGUAAAUGUGGAGAGAGAGAAUGAGAGAGAGAGAGAGAGAGAGAGAGAGAGAGAGAGAGAGAGAGAGAGAGAGAUGUAAAGGAAAGUACUAAUGAUAAAGGAAGUGGAUGACCAUGUUCUGGGUGUCUAACAUAGCCAUUUUAACCUUGUUUCAUCCUCUUUUGUGCCUCAAGGAGAUCAUCCAUUACAUUUUAGAUGAUGAAAUGCCAUUCAUUCUCUUUGCAAUGAAAAUUGCUGCUUCCAGAGCACAGGAAUCUUUAGAGGUUAAUGAAUCACCAUGGAAAGGGAGAGAACUCCGACCACGCUAACUCAUCAGCAGUCCGCUCCAAUGUCUGCUGCAGCUUUCUGAAUCCUUUGGCUAAUUUUAAUGUGAAAUCGAUUAUAUCCUGCAGUUUGAACUGUAAAAAAAUGUAAUUAUCCUUGAUGUCAUUAUUCACACUGAGCGGUAAAUACUGUGUGCGGUAUCAGGCGAGCAAAUGUUCCUGCUAAUUCACUUUUUUUUUAGAUAUUUAAUUAUGUGCUUGGUAAGAAAAACAAGCCAACUGCUUUUACACUUACUUUCACCACAUUUCCCACAUACUGGGGUAUUAGAAAAAGUUUAGGAGAAUGUGCUGUGUAGAUUUUGGCCAACUUUAAGUAAUUUGAGGAACGUGCUAAUUAGAUGCAUGUGUUCUUUAUGAAAUCUGUAUAUGAUUCAUCUGACUUGUUAUGCAUUUUUAAUGUUUAUCUCUGUGCAUUUUAUAGCCAGGAGGCUGAGAUGGAUUUGUGACAUGUUUGCUACACCUUACCAUAUUUUUUAAAA